UUUGAACGAUGUGAAACAGAUUUUCGAUACCUGAAAAUUGCCUUGCUAUCGUGAAUUUCUACUGCAGAAAAUUUAUUUGCCCUUUUUUAAAAUAUUUUAAUUCGAUUUAGUACAGUAACUGUUUUGCCAAUGGAAAAUACAGACACAAAAUUUGCUCGAGAUCUGUUGAUAUCAAGGACAUCUGGCGAUGCUCUGAUUCCACCCAGCGAGCAACUAUUCUUAAAUAUUCCGGAUUUCUCGUUACCCCAGGCACACCCAGGCCCAGUAACAUUACUCACAACUGCCGAUGGGUUUCCGCUUCCUGUCGACCCAGUGGAAGUCAUUGUUACUCCAGUGACACCUGGUAAAUUGGAUGGCGAUCGACUACCACUCCAACCCAUCGACAAAGUGAAGGUCGCGGAAACAUCCCUGACCACUAUGCCACCUGAAGAAUUCAGUGAACAACUCCGAGUUCGGGAUGUAUUUUCAUUGAAGACCGUUCUGGAAUCUGUAGCUCUUCUCAUAGCAAUUCUGCCUGUCUUCUUUGCACCCUGCCUUCUGCAUUUUCGAGGAUUUUAUUGUGAUUGUCCAACUUUCCGGCCGUUUGAAAUGAUGAAAAAAUGCACAUGCCAUAACCCGGACAUUUCAUAUCCUUACACUGAAAGCUCUGUUGACUUGUGGUUGCUGUACCUGUUAUGUCUUCUGAUUCCUGCGGUUACGAUACUGCUAGGAGAAUACUGUCAUUUCUAUGUAUCGCGUAACAAUUACGGUGCGAUGGAAAUCAAAUAUCGUCUCCUGAAGGACAGACCCGCCAUUCCUCCAAUGGGCGUCAGUUUAAUCCGCAUUGCUCUGCUGUUCGUAUUCGGGUUCUUUGUCACGAAGAGCCUGACAGAUGUGGCCAAAUACUCCAUGGGCUUUUUGCGGCCACAUUUUCUGGAGGUUUGCCAGCCGGAUUUCGGGCGCAUCUACAUGGACGGCGGAUGUGAUCGGUACGUGACGGAACCGCAUUGUUGGGCCGACUCGGAAGUGGACUCACUCCGGGUGCAGCAAAAGUACCGGGACUCGCGGCUGGGCUUCAUUUCAGCACACGCUAGCCUGUCAUUUUACUGUAUGCUGUUUAUGGUUUUCUACGCGGAAUCACGAUUUCGUUGGAUGCGGCUGCGGUUCUUGAAGGCCAUCGCCCAGUUCACCCUGCUGACACUGGCGAUCAUAAUCAGCAUCAGUCGCAUCACAGAUAACAUGCACCAUUGGCCAGCUGUACUUAUGGGUGGUCUGCUUGGAGCCGGUGUGUGCUAUAUGACCGUUUUCAUGAUUGGCGACUUUUUCAACGAUCGCUACUUCGUCCGCCGCAAGCUGGCUGAUGUGCUGCAGAAAAUAGAUUGGGAUAGCGAUGGAACCGGCGGCAUCCUGUCGCAACUCUUCAGUAAUCGGGGCCACCGUCUAUUACGCAAAUUACGACACACAACCAAGAAGUCGGCUAACCGACAUGUCUUGUAAAACCGAAAUUAAAUUUGUACGUAAUGAUGCGAUUCACGCGGUGACGCGAACACCCAAAAUCACACAAAAUUUGCAAUUUAUUACAGGCGGCCGAUGGCCGCAACCGUGCAAAUGCUGCCGGUGUAAAUAAUCUGACACUUGUAAAAAAACAUCAUUAAUGUACGAGACAUAUGGACAUGAUUAAAAGCUGUUAGAAGAAAUCCUC